AUGAAGGCAGCCAGCGAGAGCAGCGACAAGGAGAAGACGUACGAGCUCCCGGAUGGCAACAUCAUCACCGUGGGCGCCGAGCGCUUCCGCUGCCCAGAGGUCCUGUUCCAGCCCAGCUUCGUGGGAAAGGAGGCCAGCGGCAUCCAUGACACUACCUUCCAGUCCAUCAUGAAGUGCUACGUGGACAUCCGAAAGGACCUCUACUCCAACGUGGUGCUGUCGGGUGGCACCACCAUGUUCCAGGGCAUCGGUGAGCGCAUGACCAAGGAGCUGACUGCCCUGGCGCCUUCCACCAUGAAGAUCAAGGUGGUGGCCCCACCGGAGCGUAAGUACAGCGUGUGGAUUGGUCCCUGGGUCGUUCCGCAUGGUCCUGCUCAAGGGGAAGGGAUCGUUGCCGCGUUGGUGGUGGACAACGGCAGCGGUAUGUGCAAGGCUGGCUUUGCCGGGGACGAUGCCCCCCGGGCGGUUUUCCCUUCCAUCGUCGGACGCCCGAAGAUGCCGGGCAUCAUG